AUCGGUGUUGUCCCUGUCCGUUUUCUUACAGUGACUAGAUUAGACUGUCGUUUAGUCUACUGCGCCGAGGAAAAAAGCUAAAUUGAAUUUUGUCUGCGCAGUCUCAGCGUCGCAUCAAACGGCCUCCGUCUCAGUAGUGCCGAAGAGUGCAGCCCAGCCGCAAAUUUCUCAACAUUUAGGUAAAAAAAAAAAAAAAACGGUCCAUUUACUAGCAGCCAGCAUCCCACCCGGUGUCGCUGCGUCAGCGCCUGCGCAGAGCGGAGGCUCGCGAGCGGGGUCAGAGCAGAAACGGCGAGGAGCUCGAGAGCCGCUUGGAGAGUGUCGCGAGCUGGGUGGCAGAGCACGUCCACGUCUAUGUACCUGUGUGAAAAAAACACCCCUUGCAGUUUACACAGAACGGAUUGAAGGUCCAUCGUCAGCGCGGUAGAGGACAGUGCGGUUUGUGGAAACUGGACGUGACCGGAGCCGCGCAGCUGCCUGACGGACGUGGAUGCGCAGGGGAUCGGAGGCGCUGGGAUGAGACAGACCUACGUGGGAACGUCGGCCAUGGGGACGCCUCGGAAGAGCGUCCCGCUCGGAGCCCUGCUGGCGCUCUUCCUGGGUCACAUGACCGCAGCUCUAGAAGUGCCUCUCGACCCCAAAGUUCUGGAAGGAUUGCCUCAGCCCCCCACCAUCACUCACCAGUCCCAGAAGGAUGCCAUCAUCGACCCGCGGGAGAGCAUCGUCAUCCACUGCGAGGCCAAGGGGAAGCCCCAUCCUAGCUUCUCGUGGACGCGGAACGGGACGCACUUCGACAUCGACCGCGACUCCAAGGUCAUCAUGAAGCCCAGCUCGGGCACGCUGGUCAUCGACAUCAGCGGCGAGAAGGCCGAGGCCUACGAGGGCGUGUACCAGUGCACCGCCCGCAACGAGCACGGCACCGCCCUGUCCAACAACAUCGUCAUCCGCCAGUCCAGGGCCCCCUUGUGGGCGAAGGAGAGGUACCAGCCCAUGGUGGUGCAGGAGGGCGCUUCCCUGGUUCUGCCCUGCCGCCCCCCACCCGGCCUCCCCCCGCCCUUCAUCAUCUGGAUGGACGGCUGGUUCCAGAAGCUUCCGCAGAACCCGCGGGUGUCCCAGGCUCUGGACGGAGACCUGUACUUCUCCAACGUGCUGAAAGAGGACUCGCGCAACGACUACACCUGCUACGCCCGCUUCCCCUACACCCAGACCAUCCAGCAGAAGCAGCCCAUGACCGUCAAAGUGCUGACCAUGGAUGAGAUCACUGACUCAUUGGCCGCUUUAGUGAAUGAGACAGAUUUUAUUAGUGAGGCCCCCGCGGAGGAGAGGAUGCCCUCCUUCCUGGUGCCGAACGGGUCCAGCAGCACCAAGACUGUCCUGAGGGGGGAGGUCCUGGACCUGGAGUGUAUCCCAGAGGGCCUGCCGACCCCGGAGAUCUCCUGGCACAAGGAGAGCGGGGACCUCCCCAGCGGCCGCGCCUCCUUCCACAGCUUCCGGAAGGUCCUGCGCAUCACGGGCGUGACCGAGGCCGACUCCGGGGGCUACCGCUGCACCGCCCGCAACCGCCUGGGGAGCGUCCGCCACAUCAUCACCGUCACCGUCAAAGCCGCGCCUUAUUGGAUCAGCGCCCCCAGGAACCUCAUCCUGGCCCCCAAAGAAAACGGGGUGCUCAUCUGCCGUGCGAGCGGCAACCCCAAACCGGCCGUCACCUGGUUCAUGAACGGAAUCCCCAUCGAGAAUUCGCCCAAAGACCCCAGCAGGAAGGUGGAGGACGAUACCGUCAUCUUCUCGGACAUCCAGACGGGGUCCAGCGCGGUGUACCAGUGCAACGCCUCCAAUGAGCACGGCUACCUGCUGGCCAACGCCUUCGUCAACGUGCUCUCCGAGCCGCCGAGGGUGCUGACUCCGCCCAACAACGUGUACCAGGUGAUCCGGAACAGCCCCGCCCUGCUGGACUGCGCCUCUUUCGGGGCGCCGACGCCCAACAUCACAUGGUUCAAGGACAGCCAGACCAGCAUCCUGGACGGUGACCCUUACGUCCUCCACAAGAACGGCACCCUGGAGAUCCACGUGGCCCAGACGCUCAACAGCGGGAAGUACACCUGCGUGGCCAUGAACUCCCUGGGCAAGAAGGAGAACAACGUCUUCCUGGAGGUCAAAGAACCCACCAGGAUUCUCAAGCAGCCGGAGUACAAGAUGGUGCGGGCGAAUGAGCACGCCCACUUUGAGUGCAAGGUGAAACACGACCCCAGUCUGACCCCCAACAUGAUCUGGCUGAAGGACGACGGGGAACUGCCCGAUGAUGAGAGGUUCGAGGUGGACUCGGACAGCCUGACCAUCCGGGACGUGACGGAGGAAGACGCGGGCUCCUACACCUGCAUCAUGAACACCACGCUGGACCAGGACUCUGCCACCGCCAUGCUCACCGUCAUCGAGUCGACCCCGGCCCCGGCUGUCGUCUACGGACAACCGGACCCCCCUACUGACCUGGAGCUGUCCGACGAGCAGGCCAGGAGUGUCCAGCUCACCUGGAUAUCUGGAGAUGAACACAACAGCCCAAUUCAGAGGUUUGUGAUUCAGUACGAGGACUCCCUCCGCCACCCCGGAGCCUGGCACAACCUGACCGAUGUCCCGGGAACGAAAACCACAGCCCACCUCAAGCUCUCCCCCUACGUGCACUACACCUUCAGGGUGCUGGCCGUCAACCAGGUGGGCUCCAGCCAGCCCAGCUACCAGUCGCGCCAGUACAAGACCGACCCUGCGGCCCCAGAUGAAAACCCCACAGAGGUCCAGGGGUCUGGAACGGAGCACAAUAACUUGGUGAUUUCCUGGAAGCCGUUGUCCGGCCUGCAAGCCAACGGGCCGGGGCUCCAGUACAAGGUCAUCUGGAGGCAGAAGGACCUGGAGAAGGACUGGGCAUCGGUGACGGUGGCCAACGUGUCCAAGUUUGUGGUCUCGGGGACGCCCACCUUCGUCCCGUACGAGCUGAAGGUGCAGGCGCUCAACGACUACGGCAACGGGCCAGAGCCGCAGGCCCACGUGGGCUACUCCGGGGAGGACCUCCCCCUGGCAGCCCCGGAGAGCGUGCAGGUCCUGAUGCAGAACGGCGUUCUGGCGGAGGUGCACUGGGAGCCAGUCCCCCCCAGCUCAGUGCGAGGUCUCCUGAAGGGAUAUAAGGUGUACUACUGGAAGGAGAAGAGCCUGCACAAGCAGCAGCCGCACCACGAGGAGCAGCAGGUCCUCACCUUCAGCGGGAACCGCACCCGCGGCCAGCUCCCCGGCCUGCACCCCUACAGCCUCUACACCUUCAACGUCCGCGUGUUCAACGGCAAGGGCGAGGGCCCGCCCUGCCCCAACCUGGUCUUCCAGACUCCAGAGGGAGUUCCUGGGCAUCCCGCCUUCCUGAGGGUCACCAACCCCAACCUGGACUCCCUCACCCUGGAGUGGGGCCCUCCAGCCGAACGCAACGGCAUCCUGAUCGGCUACACCCUGCGAUACCAGCCCAGUGAGACCCCGUUCCCACAUGCUUCUCAGGGCUCUGUCACAGUUAACAACACCAAUGAGCUGGGGCCGCUGGAGGAGGUCGCCCUGCCGCCCAACGAGACGUCCUUCACGCUCCUCAACCUCCGAUACAGCACGCGCUACAAGUUUUAUUUCAAUGCGAAAACUGUCAAGGGACCAGGACCGGUCAUAACGGAAGAGGCCGUCACGAUUAUGGAUGAGGCCCUCCUGAGGCAGCCCGCGGUAGACGUGGGCACAGGGUACGCUGCGCCCCCUCAUCCAAUCUCCCCCAUUACACAGUCUCAGCGUCCUCCGUUUGCCAAGGCCCGCCCUGUUGGUCCGGCUUUUGGGAACGUUAGCUCGACCGUGAGAGAGAACGACGUGGUUAUCAGUUGGGAGUACUGGGGACCAGAUAAGAAUGUUUACAUUGAAUAUAUUGUAGAAAACAGCAAAGAAGAAUGGAGGAAAGAGCUUGUUAACGGCUCGCAGACCUAUCAGAUUAAAGGCUUGAAGCCUGGCACCUCCUAUAAAGUGCGAGUGGUCGCGAGAGACCAGUCGGACGAAACCGUGCACAGCACGAAAGAGUUGUUAAUAACACUUCCAGCCACGGCGAGUCGGCAGGUGGACAUCGCCACGCAGGGCUGGUUCAUCGGCCUGAUGUGCGCCAUCGCGCUGCUCAUCCUGGUGCUGCUCAUCGUCUGCUUCAUCAAGAGGAACAAGGGGGGCAAGUACCCGGUGAAAGAGAAGGAGGACGCACACGCCGACCCCGAGAUCCAGCCAAUGAAAGAGGACGACGGGACGUUCGGAGAGUACAGUGACACGGAGGACCGCAAGCCCUUAAAAGGCAGCCGCUCGCCGUCCAACGGGACGAUAAAGAGGGACGACAGCGCCGACAGCUUAGUGGACUACGGCGACGGGGGCGACGGGCAGUUCAACGAGGACGGCUCGUUUAUCGGACAGUACAGCGGGCGGAGGGAGAAGGAGCCCGCCGAGGGCACCGAGAGCUCGGAGGCCCCCUCCCCCUCCAACCCCAUGAACUCCUUUGUGUAGCUGGGGGGGGGGCGGAAGAGCCGACGCCGUGUCUCAACAGCCAACCCCUCGCCUUUCAUCCCACAGGCUGCCCCCUGUCGCUCUGAGCCGCCUUCACACACACACACACACACACACACACAUCCACCUGACUUACACACACACACUCACACACACACACAUACACACAC